AUGAGGGAAAUUUGGGUUUUGGUCUUUUUAUUUUGGGGUGGUGGGUUUGCUGAAGGGCUUGGUGUGAACUGGGGUACAAUGGCAACCCACAAGUUGCCUCCCAAAGAUGUGGUGCAGAUGCUGAAAGACAAUGGAAUAAAGAAGGUGAAACUGUUUGAUGCAGAUCAGUCAACCAUGAGUGCUUUGGCUGGCACAGACUUUGAAGUCAUGGUUGCAAUACCGAAUGACCAGUUAGCUGUCAUGGGAAAUUACAAUCGAGCCAAGGAGUGGGUCAGGCGCAAUGUCACCCGAUACAAUUUCAAUGGCGGUGUCAAUAUCAAAUAUGUGGCAGUUGGUAAUGAGCCUUUCCUCACUUCCUACAACAACUCAUUCUUGAACACAACCUUCCCAGCUCUUCAGAACAUUCAGAAUGCCUUGAAUGACGCAGGGGUAGGGGAUUCCAUAAAAGCAACUGUGCCUUUGAAUGCUGAUGUUUAUGGUUCCCCACCAGACAAUCCUAUCCCGUCUGCUGGAACGUUCCGGACCGAUAUCCUUGGACAAAUGACCCAGAUUGUUCAAUUUCUAAACAAGAAUAAGGCACCCUUCACUGUAAAUAUAUACCCUUUCUUGAGUCUUUAUGCCAACGAGCACUUCCCUGUUGAUUAUGCCUUCUUUGAUGGGGUGAGUAAUCCUAUUGUUGAUAAUGGAAUUCCAUACACUAAUGUCUUCGAUGCCAACUUCGACACCUUGGUGGCAUCACUCAAAGCUGUUGGGUAUGGAGACAUGACCAUUAUUGUUGGGGAGGUGGGAUGGCCGACAGAUGGGGACAGGAAUGCCAAUAUAAAUUUUGCUUUGAGGUUCUAUAGAGGGCUUUUACCUAGACUUGCAGCCAAUAAAGGAACCCCUGUUCGGCCUGGGUAUAUAGAAGUUUAUUUGUUUGGACUUAUUGAUGAGGAUGCCAAGAGUAUAGCUCCUGGUAAUUUUGAACGCCACUGGGGCAUCUUCAGAUAUGAUGGGCAACCCAAGUUCCCUAUGGAUCUUUCAGGUCAGCUACAAGACAAGUAUCUUGUGGGUGCCCAAAAUGUGCAAUAUCUUCCUAAGAAAUGGUGUGUGCUGAGACCAGAUGUCAAGGAUAUAAGCAAACUAGCAGAAAACAUUAAUUAUGCUUGUACCUUUUCAGACUGCACGACCCUUGGGUAUGGUUCUUCCUGCAACGGAUUGGAUCCCAAUGGGAAUGCCACAUACGCAUUUAAUAUGUAUUUCCAGGUCCAGAAUCAGGAAGAUUUGAGCUGUAAUUUUCAGGGUCUCGCCAUGGUGACUGAUCAGAACGUAUCUCAGGGGAACUGCAACUUUCCGAUUCAGAUAGCUACUUCUUAUUCUUCAAACUUGUCCCCCACGGCUUUGGUAUUUUUAAUAUCAUUCAUUAUUUUAUUGCUAUAG